AUGGCAACACCCGCACCUGCCUCGGAGCAGCAAAUCGAGUCGACAUCAUCUCUCUCAUUCAAACAACGCAUAUGCUCACACUGGCGCAACACGAUCCGCGUCGUUCGUCGACACAUCUACUUCCUUGGUCCCGGCAUCGUCGCUUCCGUCGCAUACGCUGAUCCGGGGAAUUGGGCAACCGACCUCCAAGCAGGGUCCGAAUUCGGAUAUGCUUUGCUCUUCAUCGUGCUCCUCACCGGCUGCUUCGCCGUUUUUAUCCAAAUCCUCUCGUGCAGAGUAGGUGUGGUCACCAAUACUGAUCUCGCUAGACAGUGUCGAAUGCUGAUUCUCAAAGAAGACCGACUGGGCUAUCCCACACGCCACCGCAUCUCUUGGCCCCGUUUACGAAGAUGGGGUCUGCUAUAUCCCCUCUACCUCAUUGCCGAGGGUGCGAUUGUAGCAACCGAGUUGGCCGAGUUGACGGGUUCAGCAAUUGCGUUGAAUCUCUUGUUCCCAGCCAUACCGCUUUGGGCAGGUAUCUUGAUUACGUCGGUCGAUGUGAUUCUGAUCUUGUUCCUCUAUAAACCUCCGCCGAAUGGCAGUUUCAGGUUGCUGGAAGGCAUGAUUGCGUUUUUGGUCUUUGUGGUGUUGUCGUGCUUUAUUGUGUUGUUGGUUAGGAUUAAACCGGUGUGGCAACAUGUCUUUAGGGGAUACUUGCCUUCCCAUCAUGUAGUCCAGAGUGGAGCGUUGUACGUUAGUGUUGGUAUUUUGGGUGCAACGGUGAUGCCUCAUGCCAUCAUUCUUGGCUCGCACUUUGCUUCUAUCGAUCGUCUUCCCUCUAUCGACACCAAAUCUGGACAUUACACUUCCCAUCAUGACGAUGUCAGCAUCAAUCAAACCCCUGCAGUUGCGCAAGAUCAAACUCGAUGGGCAGUCAUCACCUCCUCCUUGUCACGCAUCUUUGCACCCAAUCCACAAUCCAAAGCCCAAGUCAUUCGUCUCUCUCCGCUUGUCCGCUCACUCCUCUCCCAACGCACCAACCCCACCUCCGCCACCGUUCACCCCGAUUCGGAAUCUCUCUCCCGAUCACAAGGCCGCAAUCGAUUCGCACCCGAUCCACUCCCCCCUCGCACACUCUCCAACAUCCGCAUUCACAUCAAACACGCUUCCGUCGACAUCGGAAUGUGCCUAGUCUCGUUCGCUAUCGUCAUCAAUUCCGCCAUCCUCAUCGUCGCUGCCGCUGCAUUCUACUACACCGACACUAACAACCCAGCCGGAUCGGGUCAAGUUAUAGUUGCUUCUCUCUACGAUGCCUUUUACCUUCUCAAAGACCGACUUGGUUCUCUCGCAGCCGUAUUGUUCGCCGUCGCUCUCCUCGCUGCAGGCCAAAGCGCAUCUAUAACCGUCACUCUCGCUGGUCAGCUGGUUAGUGAGGGUUUUAUAAAUUGGAGAACGGAUCCAUUUAUUCGGCGGAUAGUAACGAGAUUAGUUGCGAUAGUGCCCAGCUUAACCGUAAGUUUAGCAGUGGGCAAAGAUGGAUUGGAUGAAAUGUUGGUGGCUAGUCAGGUAGCUUUGAGUAUUGCCUUGCCCUUUGUCUUACUGCCCUUGAUUAUUGUGACUGGCAGUAAGGUGAGGAUGACUGCGGUUCAGUUGAAUAGCCCGCAGAGUGGCGAGAGAGAAGGGGAAGGGGAGGCAUCGGUGGCUCCUUCGGUCAGAUCUAGUGUCGAAAGACCCAGCGGUGAGGGGAUGCGUGCGCAAGAGGGAGGAGGCAAGCAGAGGCCAGGAUUGAAUAGCGAUGCUAGCACAAGUGUCAAUUUGGCUCUUAUCGAGACUUUGCCUCGUCAAUCUACCUCUCAACCCGAGGAGCGCCUAGGAGAACAGAGUAAGAAGACAGCGACAACGCCUCAAGCUCAACCUGUCGGUGAGACGAGCAGUACAGAACCGCAAACCACUAAUGCAAGCACACAGACCGACGAGGUGACUGCAGGGAAAAAGUCACAAUGCUUCGCUUCAGCUUGGUACGUUCAAGUGGUGGCUUAUGCUAUUUUUGCUGUCAUUGUCGUGGCGGACGUCUACGUCUUGAUCACCACGUUUAUGGAUAGCUGA